UCAGGGCGCACAAGAUGAUCCUGGCUUUACAGAAUGACGUGUUCAGGGCCAUGUUUUACAGCGACUUCGCCAAGGAGGACCGUAUAAUCAUCACCGACUUACACCCGGAGGGCGUCCGAGGCCUCUUACGGUACUUCUACAGCGGCCGUUUGGAGGUACAAACCGUGCACCAGGCCGCCGCUACCCGUACUGCUGCGGCCAAGUACAUCGUCCCACAGCUUGAGGAGAGAUGCCUCGCGUUCAUGAACGAACGCAUGGUUACCGACGACGUGUGCGCUUUCCUGGACUACGUCCUGACCAUGGGCGAAGAAGCCUUGGCGACCCCCGCCACGAUCGUCAUCGUCAAGGACAGUCUCGGGGUGCUCUCCUCCGCGACAUUUAUGACUUGCACCGAGGACACCGUGAGAUAUGUUCUCAAACACGCCACCAAUGUGUCCGAGGCAGUAGUUCUAAAAUCGGUGCGCGCGUGGGGCAAGCAGUGCCUUAAGCGCACUGAGCAUACCAUACGUUUACGCCGUAAUGGGCGCGGGGUCAAAGGCGAACCGGUUGAUUUUCGCGCCGUCAUGCUCCCUCUACUCCCCGAGCUACGGUUCCUCGCACUGUCAGUGGAGGAGUUCGUCGUUGGUCCUAACACGUGGGGAAUCCUCACAGACGCCGAAGCACGGGCAAUUCUGAGCAACAUCGUCAAAGAAGGCUCGAUGGCGAUGCCAAAAGGAUUCUGCGAGAUACGGACGGCUCGAGGGUAGCCUUUCAGACGACCUCAAGCUCUAGAAGAUUCCACUUCACGUACCCGUAGUUUCGUUUUUCCAAGACUUACUUGGGGACAGCAGUGUUGGCGGUGGCACGUGCUGCUUCGAACCAGACUCCGGUAGAUAACGCUUUCACUGGGUUAAAUUUAAAGCAAUAUUUCUUUUAUUAUUAUACUACAUCACAGGCGAUACCCGUAUAUCAGCAGAUAAUGUUACGAAUCCUGCGUAGUUUCACUCUGUGAUCUCACAGAACGUAGCCAGUGCCUCUGUUGUUUCCGGCGGCCUCUCGUUUUGCCAUAAUGCGUUAGUUUAGCUUGUUAGACUUGUUGCGGCGCAACAAGUCGAACUAAAAUUUUUGUUGUUCGAUUUCCGGUCUACACCGAAAUAACGCGACUGUAUUUCGACUUGUAUUCACACUAAAGCAUAGCUUUUUAGUAUACAGAGCUAUCAUAUCGCCGUAGGACGUAACAUUUGCCGCGUCGAGCUGUGCUUUAAUAGCACCCGCUUUCUGUAGAUCUUCUGAACAUUUGCACUUUUGUAGAGGUUAUGGUUAUAUUUUUUUCAGCGGGUGGAAUCGUCAAUCUUGGUGAAAUUGCUGUCAUUUGCUCUCUCUCGUUCUUAACUGAAGAUUACAUGCCUUUAAUGCACACCUCUAGGAGAGAUAUAGUGUCCAGCGGUAAUAUUAGGACAAGAAGUCUCUAUUUUUGUAUUUGUACUUCCGAAAGGUUAACGUUUGCUUUCUCUUUUGAACUCUUGUUCUUUCUUUGGUUCACUAUAGUUCACCUGCGUUUAACGUAUCGCCUCUAAGUAGAGAUACAACGUGCAGUACCUGCACCGCGGUAACAUUAAGAGAUCAAAAGGUCUCUUGAUUUUAUUGUAAUUAUUUUGCGCCGGAAACGACGUAUAGGCUUUUAAAAGAUGUUAGAAAAAUAUUCUUUAUGUUUCGAGCCGAUAUUAAAUGCUGCUAACCGAAUCGCCUAGUAGGGCGCCUUGCACAGCGGUUAACGGGAGCAUUAUAUCGAGCUUUGUUUCCUGCGCCCGGCUGGCACAGUGACGUGCUUCUCGGCACAACAACGCUUGGAAAACGUUCUUUAAAUAAAUACAU